AUGGGUAACGAGUCAGGAGGAUAUGCACGGAACCGUCGAGAGUCUGAUUUGCAUCAUGCUAGAGGUGUUUUUGAGAUAAACUGUGGCAAUCUCCGACGGGCUUGGGCCGUUUAUCGCAGGGCAAUGACAGUCGCGCAGUUGAUGGGUCUCCACCGCUCUCCCAUGCCACCACUGAAACGCCUCGACCCAGGGCUGGAUGCGAAGCCAGAAUUCAUGUGGUUUCGCAUUGUUUAUAUGGAUCGUUAUCUCAGCUUGCUACUUGGUUUACCUCAGGGCACAACCGAUAAGAAUAUGGGCAUGAUGUCCACUCUACGGCACGAACCACCGCUGGGCAGAUUCGAGCGACUUCUCACAAUCAUUGCGUCUCGGAUAUUGGAACGAAACGAACGUACCUUUGUCACGAGCGACUAUACAACAACACAAUCAAUCGACGCUGAGCUACUGCGAGUGUCGGAGAGUAUGCCGACAAGCUUCUGGCGGCCGCCAAACUUUCAAAACCUCACGCCAGGAUCUCCAGAUACCCUUUUGGAGACAGUCCGCCUCGGAGCCCAGGUCUAUUACUACGGCCUUCUGAUUCAGCUCCAUCUUCCGUAUAUGGUACAAAUCAGUGAUAAUACCCAUCAGGGAUACUCCAAGAUUACUUGCGUCAAUGCUAGUCGCGAGAUCAUGACGCGCUACAUUACUCACCGAAGCUUCAACCCCGUGUCAUCCUGCUCGCGGCCGGUGGACUUCUUUACUCUCCUAGCGGCAAUGACGCUCCUACUUGCACAUCUCAACGAGCAUAGCCAUCCAGAAGCGAUCAGCCUCUUCGCUCACCAGCGUUUGAACGACCGUGGCUUGCUAGAUCAAGCCCUGGAGACCAUGGAUAUAAUUAGUAACAUGAAAAAGGACAUUAUAGCCGAAAGGAGCGCCGAGCUGAUCCGACGAUUACUCGAGAUCGAGGCAGACACAGCAGAAGGCAAGACCUACAUCACGGGGAGCUUGGCAGGCGAUGAUAUUGAGGAGAACAGGAAGCAAGGCGAAGAGCUCCGUUUGCAUAUCCCACAUGUUGGCGUGAUCAAGGUUGCUCGUGGCCGCCCUGUUAGCCGACAGCCAUCGGAUGGGAAUACGGCAGCCUGCACACAUAUGUCUCACGGCGAGCUUGAAUCAUGCGUCACUUGGAAUGAUGCAAUCGGGCCGUCGCCUACGAGCAAACAUUCCCUUAGUAAUAUGCACGAUGUGGCUCCAGGAUCCGUACUUUCGCUCGACCUGGCAGAGUCGGAGUCACUGAGCGAGCAUUUACGCUCACCUAGGUAUGAGCCGUCUAUUCUGCAAAACACCGGCUUUGGUCAAGAUGGAAUUGCUCUGCAGCUGCCGGUGGGACAUCCCCCAACCGCGGCCGGUGUAGAUGACUGGGCUUUCCAAGGUGUCGACAUGGCGUUCUUCGAUAGCCUGAUGAGAGAGACAUCCAGCGUGGAUAACGGCAGGUUGGGGCAGUAA